AUGGAGAACUUUCGCAGGUGCUGCCCCGAAUGGUGCGAGACCUCCGAAUACUGCUAUGAGAUCGGCCCCACUGACGUGCUGGAGCGCAAGGGCUCUCUCACCCUCCGCUCCCGUCACAAGAAAUACUCGAAGCCCGUGUUGGUGAAUUCUUGGCACCAUGAUCGAGAAGCUUAUCCCAAAGAUUAUGACAUAGAGGGUCCUGAGAAAGUAAAAAAACUGUGCAACUCCACCUAUUGGCGACUUGGAACAGAUGAACCCCCAAUUUGGAUAUCAGAAACACAUGAACAAAUGUCACAAGUUCAUGUAAACAAAGAAUUGGCAACAAUGAAGAAGGAAGCCUUAUUAAAUGAGGAAACAAUGAGCUCUGGGAUUAUUGAAAGGGACGUUGGAUCACCUGCCACAGGCUUUGGAGCUCUCUUUACGAGACAUCCACCAGAUCGGAACAAAAUGUUUACAGUGUCAACAUACUGUGAAAGCUAUCCUCCGCCAUACGAUUAUCAGCCACGUGGUUAUCCCUGUCAACAUGUAUAUUCCAUAGUCCACAGAAAAUGCCGUUCUCAGUUCACAGAUCUCGAUGGUUCCAAAAGAUUUGGCAUCAACACUUGGCAUGAUGAGAGUGGAAUUUAUGCUAAUUCAGAUGUAAAACAAAAAUUUUACCCCUUGACUGGUGGUCCUAUUGUACCCUUUUAAAAAUAAUGUAUGAAAUCAGAUUCUCCGACUAAUGAAAGAAGAAUAGAAGCAACAGUUAGUGAUUUUCUAUCUUAAUAAAUGCAAUGUAAAUGUUACUAUAGUA